AUGACUAUGACUAUGACUAUGACUAUGACUGCAUCCUUGCCAGCCAGCCUUCAUCCAACCAAGAACCCUCCAACUCUUCAAUCGAUCGAGACCAAUGCUCAAGCUAAACUGCAAACCACCACGAACACUCAAACGGAUCACCAACAACAAGCUCACCAAAUAUAGACUCUAUGCCACAGAGAUCAACCCAGCCCAACCUAUCAAGCCAGUCAAGAAGAAGGGAAUCUUCAGGAAAUUGAUCCUGCCCACCACUCUCUUGGGUGGAACCCUUUACGGUGCUGGCAUCUAUGGAUCAUUCCAAAAUGAUAAAUUCAGAGACUUCUUCAUGGACCAAGUACCAUUGGGUGAAAAACUACUAAACUUCUUCGAGGAAUCUAACCUCGAGCAUGUCGCCGAUCUCUCGAAAGGAACGAUGGAAGUACUCGAUCAAUCCAUCAAGAAGAUCAAGACAGUCACCGGGAUCACAACCUCGGAGGAGAAGACUCGCCAGAAAGACUCACCCACGCUCGAGAAAAUUAAGGCGAAAACUGAGGCUGCCGUCCAACGAGGAAAAGAUCUAUCUCAAGACAUCUCCAACUCAUUGCCAAAUCCACCCAAGAACCUCAACCCUAAUCUCACCACUAAACAUUCAGGACCAUCAACAACAACCACUGCGACCAAAGUACCAAUCAGUGAUGAGGCUCCGAUCAGUCUCCCGCAACCAUCAGCCCAGACCGGCAUGCCUACUUACAACCGAGAAAUCCCGAUCGGCCAUGAACCACCUCCGGGAUAUCGUGGCUCAGCUCCACGACCUCGCGAUCCUUCUACCGAACCACUCCCACCCCCUCCAGCCUUACCAUUACUCGCACCGACGGUCAAGAAUCUCUCGAGCUCAGAGCCGAUCCUCGGCCAACUGGCUUCAUCGAUCGACAGUCUUGCCGGCUUCCUACGUGACCAUCCUGACGUCGUGGUCCGGGGCAAGGAUCCGAGUGGGAAAGAUGCCCCCCGGGUCCUCUCGACGGCCUCGGAAGAAUUGAAAAAUCUAGCUGGACGACUGGAAACCAUCAAGUCGGAGAAACAGGCUCAACUGCAGAACCAAUUGGAAUCACAAGCCAAGGAGUAUGGCAAGAUCCUCUUGGACGCCGAACGUGAGUUACACCAAAGACUCGACCAACAGGAGGAGAGUUGGAAGAAUACCUUCGAUCAGGAGCGCUCCAAGUUGGCGAAAUCAUUCGAAGAUAAGCUGGCCAAGGAGUUAGAAACUCAACAAGCCUUGAUCAACGAGCGGCUCGAACAGGAGGUGAUCUCGCAAGGACUGGAGAUGCAACGACGAUGGAUGAGGGAGAUCAAGAGUCAGGUAGAGCUCGAACGAGAGGGUCGAUGGGGCAAGCUGGCCGAGCUCGAAGGUUGCAUGAAACAGCUGGGCCGGGUGACGUUAGAUAAUGAGGAAUACUUGGAAGACCAUCUGCGGAUCAACCAGCUCUGGAAUGCGAUCCGGGCCAUCUCCGCCUCGGCCUUCGAGAACCAUUCAAAGGUCCCAUUAGACCACGAAGCGAGGGCGCUCCAACGGAUCAGCGACCGGGCCAAGAAAGCUAACGCGGCGGUCGCCGAGGAGGGCUCGGGUGGAGGAGCCUCCUCCUGCGACGACGUGAUCUCCGUCGCCCUGGAGAGCAUGCCGGCGGUCGCGAUCGAUGCUGGGGUCGAGAGCCUGCCCGGGCUGACGCUCUGGUUCAAGAACUCGGUGUCCCCCAGGAUCCAAUCGGCCAGUCUCUUGCCCACCCAAGGCGGCCUCAUCUCCUACUUCACCUCGCACAUCUUGAGCAACUUCUUCUUCACCAAUCUUGCCCCUCAAACUGCUACUACUACUACUACCUCGCUCGACCAUCAGCCUCAAGACCCGAUCUCGAUCCUCAAUCAGGUUAAUGCGCUCUUGGACGUCAAGGACCUCGAACAGGCUACUCGUCUCCUUAAUUCUUUGAACGGUUGGCCGAAGGUCUUGGCUAGAGAUUGGUUACAGGCGGCUAGAAGACAUCUCGAAUUACAUCAGGCUAUUCAAGUCAUUGAAGCCGAAGCUACUCUGCAAUCAUUACUGUUGUGAAAUGAUGUUUGUGUAGAAUCAAGUCAAAAUAAAAAGUGACUUCUCCGUUCUCCUUUUUGUAUUUUUUUUGUUAAAAAGAGAGAGAGAGAGGAAAAGAGUGAACCCAGCUUGAUGAGUCGGCAUUCAAUCCAGUUCAGAUUAAUCAAAUUACAUAUAAUCAUACACAUAGAAAUAGAAAGAUGUGCGAUUGUUGUCUGUCUGCUCCUGAACAGAAAAAAAGCCAAUAAAAUCGAAGACUGAUUAUGAUGAGA